GUUCAACGAACGAACGACAGCAUUCGUUCGCUUUCCACGUUAUCUGUAAUUGACUCAUGUACUUGAUUGUUUACAAUUUGUUAAACUUCGAUUUUUCACUGCCAAAUUUGAACUUUGACUAACACAUUUCAAUGUAAUUUAUGUGUAGGUAUUAAAACAUAAAAAAAUGGUUGUAACAAAAUCAUCAGGACGAAAUGUUAUUCUUGGAGUGGAUAUUGGGACUACAAAUAUUAAAUGUUUUGCUUAUAAUAGUUCUAUGGAAGUCAUUGCAAAGGCGAAAGCAGUGCUGCCUGUUUGUAACUUGAAAAAUGGUGGACAAGAAAUUGUGCCUGAUGAAUUAUGGAAAAAUUUUAAAAAUGUUGUUAAACAAUGUUUGUUAUCUUCAAAACUAAGCUCUUCAGAUGUUUUAAGUCUGGGCAUUUCCACCCAAAGAGGCACUUUUGUAACCUGGGACAGGAAUAGUGGGGAAACAUUUCACAAUUUUAUAACAUGGAAAGAUAAAAGAGCAAAGAGUGUUUGUGAAUUAUGGAAUGCAUCACCUUGCAUAAAAUUCCUCAGGCUAGGAGCAUUUAUUAUGUAUAUAUUUACACGAAUGAAGAAAUUUCAGCUAUUAAGCAGAUUGCAGUUCUCAACAGCAAUGGUUCUAAUUCGCCUUUACUGGAUAUUUCAAAAUACUAUUCAGCUUCAAAACAAAGAAAGUCAUAAAAAUGUAUUAUUUGGAACAAUUGAAACAUGGUUAGUUUGGAAACUGACAGAAAAGCAAGUACACACUACUGACGCUUCAAACGCUUGUGCAACAGGGUUUUUCGAUCCAUUCAGAAUGAAAUGGGCAAAAUGGCUUCUGAAUAUAUUUGGUAUUCCUACAAUGAUUCUUCCAACUGUUUUGAAUACUUGUGAUUCCUUUGGUGAGGCAUCUGAGGAAAUCUUUGGCUUUCCAAUACCAAUUCAUGCACUGGUUGGAGAUCAACAAGCAUCAUUAUUUGGAGCAGGCUGUUUCAAAAAGUAUGACAUGACUUGUACUAUGGGAACAGGUUCAUUUCUUACCAUGAAUACUGGGAAUUCUCCAUUUGGUGCUUAUAGUGGUAUUGGUUUUUAUCCACUUGUUGGUUGGACUAUUUCUUCAGAAACUACUUACAUAAUUGAAGGUGGCGUGCAUGAUGUUGGAACUGUUUUGUCUUGGGCAAGCAAUAUAGGCUUGGUAGAUAUUCCAGAAAAUUCAGAUAAGAUUGCCUUAAAUGUGCCUGAUAAUGGAAAUGUUUAUUUUCUUCCUGGAGCAAAUGUAUCUAAACAUUCUAAAGGGGAAGCUUUUUCAUCAUCUUUCACUGGAAUAGCUACUCAUACUUCAAAAGAACAUUUAGUUCGAUCAAUCUUAGAAGCUCUAUCUUUUCAAGUUUGUGAGUUGUACAAAAUAGUUCAAAGCAAAUAUGAGAUUUGUAGAGAUUCUUUAUUUUGUGUUGCUGGGGGAGUGGCCAAAAAUGACUUUAUUGUUCAAUUGGCAUCUAAUGUGACAGAAAGAAAAAUAAGCAGAUUAAACAAUACAGAAAGUUCUAGUUGUGGGGCUGCAUUACUUGCUGGAUUAUAUUCUGGUGUUUGGAAAAAUCAGGAUGAAAUUAAGCAAUUAGUUACAAAAAGUACUAUAUUUUCUCCUGAUUCAAAUCUGAAAUUGAGAGCUAAAGAAGAGUUUGCUACAUGGAAAAAUUCUUAUUCUCAUUCAAUAAUUAAUAGGCAAGUUUAGUUUAUACUUCUUAAAGAAGGAAGGAAAAGGAUUAAGGUGCAGCUUUAAGUCCAAACUAAUUAAAAAAAGAAAGUGAUCAUAAAUAUAUUCUAAUUUUUAAUGUACUGUAUUUUAUUGUAAAUAAACAAUUGAACAUACAAAGUAUUUAUAAUGAUGUAUAUUUUUAAUUCAUAUUUUUGAUGAAAUAUUUUAUUUAUUUACUGAUUUAAUUUUGAAAGAAAUUAUUUUUAUAUACCUUAUUUUAAUAAAGCUCAAUUUAAGAAGUGUAAAUACAUUUCUAUGUUUGUUAUUUAGUUAAUUUUAUGAAUGUUGCAAAUAUUAUUUUUACUCUUUAUGUUCCAGUAUUAUACAUUUUUAAUUUGUGAAGUCUUGAAUAUUUAUUGUUUUGAAAUUCAUAACAGAGAUAGUCAAACUCUUAUUAAUAAUAUUCUGGGAAAUUCAGGAAAUUUAUAAUUUGAUCACUUUUGUAAACACACCACAAGUUAUAGUCCAUUUUACCUCAAGUUGGCACUGGGGAGAAAGGCAGGUAGACCGGAUUACAGCCGUUGUCAUGGAAACUGGGUUGCUCUUUAAGUCGGUUGGGGGA